AUGACGUCGCAAGCUACAUCGUUCCAAGACUUGCUACAUGUGGGCAUUUCCACUGACACACAUGUGAUAAAGAAGGAGACAAGGGAUGUCUACGCGUCGUACCUCAAGAAGUUCUGUGAAUUCUGUAUCUCAAAUAAGUCCCCAGACCCCGCAACGGCUCGGCAUCAUGAAUUGCUCGCUUCUUGUCGCGUUCAUGGAAAGCGUAUCACAUUUGUCUCUGUGUCCAACCAAACUGCUGAUACGAUUUGGGCCGCAGUAGCGAACUACUACGGCAACUAUGAACGCCGGGACGAAGCCGGUUCAGACAAGUGAAUGGUUUUACCGACCAUCAAGGAAUCAAGUACGGACUCGGAAAUCCCGCCAGGGAAACAUUUGUCCGGCGGGUAAUGCGUGGACUGAAGAAGCAAAACAGUACUGAUUUUACACACCACCAAGCCGCCCCUAUUAAGUUGGAUGUGCUUCGAGUACUCCAGUCUCACUUAGAAGUCACGUCCGGGUUUACGGAAGCAAGUCGUUUGUGGUUCUUUACUGUGACGGCGCUCGGUUUUUACGGCAUGUGCAAAAUAAAUGAAGUAUUGAGCUGUCAGUGGAAUAAUCUCACCCUAGGCCUCACGCGACCGAG